GUUCAAGGUUGGAGGAUCCACGCGGUGUCCAGAAUCAGCGCUGAGGUCGUCACGACACGAGCUUGUCGUAUUGCGCUUCGUCUGCACGUCGCGAGACGAUGGUACGGCGGUCUGCAGCGCUUGCCUCAAGCAGCUGUUCCUCCGGUUGGAGCAUCUGUGUGGAUCGGCCGGCCGCUAACUGAACACACGCACACACACGAACAUUCGAGCUCGUUUCUCCGUGAUUGCGGGUCAGUCUUUUCCGCAUAAUGGCCCAUUCUCUCCUGAUUGUUGUCUUCAGUUGGAGGAGGGGCCGCGUUGCAUGUGACCCAGGACAUGUCCAACAAGAACGACCUUAUGAACUCGGCAAGCCUGGGCACUGGCAAGCUCAAGCAGGAGUUCUUCAACGUCACGAACCGCGGUAUGGAGACAGUCGCGUGGUCCCAGGACACGUCUUGGGUCGUCGAUUGGGAAACAGCUCAUUCAACUCAAGUUGGGACAAACACUAUGGAUGGUAAUACAAACACAAUGUGGAAUGCUGGGGGGGUACCCCGGUACCAUAACGCAUGGUGGAUCGAGUUUAAUCUUGGCUCGGAGUACACUCUGCAAGGUAUUCGAAUCCAAAAUUGGGGCGAUACGACACAUGAUGUUACAAAGGCUGUGCUUUACACGUCAACGGCACAAGGCGGAACAUUCAACUCUGUUGUUGCUUCGCUAGGAUCAGUGACCGCGGGAAUUAGUACCGUGCAGGACUUUGACGUCGAUUACGACACCCCAGUGCAGCAUCUUCGACUGGUGAUCACGCAAACCGCAACUGGUUAUCAACCAUAUAUUCGGGAGAUCGCGUUCCAACUUGAGGACAGUCAAACGCCCAGCCCGACGUCCAGUCCGACGCCCAGUCCCACGCCCAGUCCGACGUCCAGCCCGACGCCCAGCCCGACGCCGAUCCGACGCCCAGCCCGACGCCCAGUGUCUCGGGCACGGCGACUGCCACUGGAGAUCCCCACCUUCAAAAUAUGUAUGGCGAGCGGUAUGACUUGAUGAAAGUGGGCCAGCAUGUGUUGAUACAUAUCCCGCGCGGGCAGGGCCCUGAACACACAUUACUUCGCGUGGUGGCCAAGGCGCUUCGAGUGGGCGGGAGUUGCGCGGAUAUCUACUUCCAAGAGAUAAACAUCACAGGGUCUUGGGCACUGGCAACCGGGAGGGGAGGGUACCACUACGUGUCGAGCAGUGACGCUGACGAGGCUCCACAGUGGCUUACCUUGGGUAAGGUCAUGCUGAAAGUCGUGCAUGGCCGCACGCGAAGUGGCACUAGCUACUUGAACCUCUUCGUCAAGCAUCUGGGGCGAGCAGGGUGUUCUGUUGGAGGCCUCCUCGGGGAGGACGACCAUAGCGACGAAGCCACGCCUCCGGCCGAAUGUCAGCAUCGUAUUGGUCUUCAUUCCAAGGCCCUGGAAGUGUCUAGCCAUAGUUCUUCCACAGUCUCGGUAGGAGUCGCAACGCUGGCUUGAUUUCGGCCCCUCCGUGUACUACGAUACGGGCCGGUUGCGCAAGAGAUCCACUCUUGCACAAGACCCCCUUCAUGAAUUAUUGCCAUGUCCUCCCCAGGCAAAUUGGCGGCGCGGUACGGAGCGACGCACCUCGCGUUGGAGCUGUCUGAUGCCGGUCCUCGCCAGCCUGUCCCGCAGGUGCAGCAAGGCGACGAGCAUACCGCUACAGGACAAACUCCUCUGCAUUUUUUGGAGGUCUCUCUCGUCUUUUCUUUUGCGCGCUCAUGAUUACAGAAGGUACGAAAUGGAAACAUAUCAUCAGCAUCACCACUUGUAUCCUCCUCAUGACCCAGAGCACCGUUUGCUAAUUGCUACAGGUCCCGUCAGGCUCAGCUUUUCAGGUUAUGUUGACGACCUUACAAUCCUUCGGGACAACUUUUUUAACCGAUCUGGGCCUGACCUUCGGUAAGCUGUGAUUGCUCGCUGAGGCUAUUGGGCUGGAGCUGCACUUCGGUAAAUGUAUCGUUCUUGUCUUUAGGCCUCUGGACCUGAAUGCUUUUUAACUGGUGGACGUGAGCGGUUUUCGGUUGUGACUUGGUGCAGGCCUCUGAUGGUGUCUGUGGGGCCAGUUGCUCGCGUCAAUAGCUUCCCCACGCAGUGCGACAAAUUGUUGACGCUUCGCGUACCCCCAGCGGUGUGGCCAUGGGCCGGGCCCACAGGACUCUCC